GCCAAGAUCGAAUGUCAAAUACGAAAUCUCGUCUGAAUUUCGAACAUAACUUAGAAGGUCGUCGUUGUGGACCUCAUAUGGGGACCGCUUCGUGGUUCACCGUGGUUCACCGUGGUUCAUGUAUGCAUUUGCAAUUAUGUGGCUUGUGCAUCGCAGCACAAUUUGCUGAUUGAGUCCGCGGUUUUGCGGUUUUCGUAAGAAACCCGAUAAACACGAGAGAUUUAUCAUACAUCAGAUUGUGAAAUUCAAGCACAUUAUCCAAAGCAUUCUAAUUGAAUACAUCCUCAAUCUGUUGGGAUCCUCUGAUGAGAAUUUGGUGUACCCAGAAUGGCAGGGGUAUUCGACAUUGAGUUACAUGAUGGAGAUGCUACCAAUCAAGAUGAAUCAGAUGAUGAUGUGAUUGAACACAGAGAGGAGGAAUAUAAUCAUGCUGCAACUGUAAGCGCUAUAUUAGAGUCUGAAAACUUGGAGAGAGUGCAAUUGUCAGAGCAGAAUGUAAAUCCUGGCCAAGAGAAAGCUGGUCCACAGGACUUUGAAUUAUGCAAGAUCUUGGGAGAAGGUGGUUAUGGAAAGGUCUUCCAAGUGAGAAAAGUCACUGGAAAGGAUAAAGGCAGUAUUUUUGCUAUGAAAGUCUUGCGUAAAGCAUCAAUUAUAAGAAAUCAGAAGGAUACUGCUCACACCAAGGCUGAGAGAAAUAUUCUGGAGGCUGUAAAACAUCCAUUUAUUGUGAACCUUAUGUAUGCUUUUCAAACUGGUGGUAAAUUAUAUUUGAUCCUGGAGUACCUAUGCGGCGGUGAGCUUUUCACAUACCUCGAUCGAGAAGGCAUCUUCUUAGAGGAUACAGCUUGUUUCUAUUUGUCUGAAAUUAUACUGGCACUGCAACAUCUUCACAAUCAGGGAAUUAUAUACAGAGAUUUGAAGCCAGAAAACAUUCUGCUGGAUGGUGAAGGUCAUGUUAAACUAACAGACUUUGGCCUUUGCAAAGAACACAUACAGGAGGGCACAGUGACGCAUACGUUUUGUGGAACGAUAGAGUACAUGGCUCCAGAGAUCUUAACUAGGAGCGGCCACGGUAAAGCCGUGGAUUGGUGGAGUUUAGGUGCAUUAAUGUUCGACAUGCUUACAGGAAUGCCACCGUUUACCGGUGAUGACCGACGAAAAACCAUCGAAAAGAUCUUGCGAGGAAAGCUGAGUCUUCCGCAAUAUUUGACACCAGACGCCAGGGAUCUUAUCCGAAAGUUGCUGAAGAGACAAGUCGUGCAGAGAUUGGGUUCCGGUCCUGAGGACGCCGAGCAGAUCAAGAAUCAUAACUUCUUCAAACACAUCAAUUGGCAAGACGUAAUCGCGCGGAAGUUGGACCCGCCGUUCAAGCCGUCCCUAAAGAGCGCAGACGACACGUCUCAGUUUGACGAACAGUUCACGGCUACCGUGCCGGUCGACUCGCCGGUGGAAAGUACUCUCAGUGAAUCCGCGAACAUGAUAUUUCAGGGUUUCACGUACGUAGCACCGAGCGUCUUGGAGGAGAUGUACGCGCAGCCGAAAGUUGUGAACGCCCGGAGUCCGCGUAGGGGACUCUUGAGCUCUGGUUUCGGCGCAGCCGCUGGUCUUCACGGCUUUUCAUCACCCAGGUCAGCACUGGACGUCCACCUGCGCCCGUCGUUGGACUUCCAGCAACACAGGCACCACAUGCCAGUGGGGCCCAACAGCGUGGAAGACGCCGAAAUGGUAGACCUCGGUCAACUAUCGAAUCGUUUAUAGUGCCGCGACAUGACACGCGCAAACCAUUAGCUUUUCUCUUUUCUCCGAUGCAAACCAAGGACGGAAGAAACAUAUAUAUAUAUAUAUAUAGCCGCCUGUAAACGUUUGUUCGCCGGAUCGCCGUUCAUGUUCAUUGUUCGUGCCGAUACAGACGAACAGAUGUAUUUAGACAGAUUUAAUAUGUAUAGUUAAGAAAAAGCAGCAUGUUCGGACGGUUUCCUUGAUAUCGCGACAUCAGGCUAAACGCGAUCUUACCUAGGCCUUUGGCGAUUUCAGGACGGCUUACGUUCGUUUGCAAUGCGAGAAAAUUAAUAGUAUGCGUUUUCUUGCUAUGUAAAUAGAUGUGGAUGAUUAAGAGCAAGUACAUUCUUUAGGUGACCGACUUACAGACUAAACGCGAAACACUUAUGAGCAGGAUGCAGCUCAAAUCCGACAUGUGGCUGUAUGUCGCAGUACUGAUGUGAAUAUAUCACGAAUAUAAUACGAUCGGGUAGCCAAUGAUAGCGUAGUUGACUAGCGUUAGACCCUUUUUAACGGUACAACCUGCUUUCAUAUAAAGUGACACGUCCUUCAAACAGAUAUAUUAGAGCCGAAAACUUGUGGAAAGAAGCGAUUGAGAAAAUGCGACUCGAAAACAAAUGGAUCCUUGAAAAGAAAAGAAUGUCGCGAAGUAUUUUCAUUUCGAGAGUGCCACAUAAUGAGAUUGAGUUUCCUAAGCUUGUUUCUCCUUCCUAGACCGAAAGAUUAUUUUUUUUUUCUA